UAUUCAAGAUCCACUAUGAAUGUCUCAAAUACCACCUCGUUAUGUUCCACGUUCUCCCAAGCUCAUAUCGGGGAUCGAAUCAUAUUCUCCAUUCUCUUUGCAUUGGUGGGCGUGGUCGGUGUGGGACUGAAUCGAUCCGUGGUCCUGCACCUGUCCAAUAAUGGGGCGAGAUACAAACUCAUUAACACCUUGAUCUAUUUCAUCUGCGUAUUGGGCUACACUCACUCCACCUUGCAAAUUGGAACCAUUCUCUGGAUAUGGGCGGCCUUUUAUACGAAUCUCCUCACGCUCUGGUUGGGUUACGUUUAUUGGAUCCUAGUGAUUUAUUUGUCCUCCCUCAUGUCGACUUUCAUUAUGAUGAUUGCCAUCGCCCGGUAUCUGUUCAUUUUCAAGGAGGAGGCCAUCCAGGAACUCCGUGAGGACGAUCACUUGACCAAGACUGUAAUGCUGAUUGCAGGCAAUGUAUCUCUUGUGGCCACACUCAUAGCUGCCUCUUCCCUACAUAAUACCCAUGUCACACACUUGUGGAAUGAUAAUGUCCGAGAACAUGUUCAAAUCAUGCAUGAUUCUCAGAGUGUUUGGACACGGAGAGUCUUUCUCGGACUGAUUCUUGCCAUGGUGCUAGGGGCGAUCACGGUGAAUUUUCAUUUCUACCGAAAAAUCCUGGCUUGCAACCCUUUCCGAAGACAAUCGGUCUCAUUUUCGGCAGUGAACGGCAUUUCAUCGCCAUUGGGCAGGAUGGACCACAAACAAAAACGGAUCCAGAAUUUCGUUUCCUCUUCGUCGCAUCGACGCUUGUCAUUGCUCUGUUUCAGCUCGUUUCUGCCUCCAAUUAUUUCCCACUUCUGUGAACCCAUUUGUUUCAACCGACUGUUUCUGUGGAUCUUCAUGUGUUCCCAUUUGUUACAGGUUUGUUUUCCUUGCUUGAUCCCGGCCUUGGUCCACAUUUUGGAUAACACGCGUCUUCGUCGGGAACAUCUGGGUAUUGUUGGACUCAACCCCUAUCAGGUUCCCAAUGAAGGACCCAAGGUGAAUGACCAUCAGUCCUUGGUCAACCUUCUUCAGCGCAAGCAGAUUGAUACAUUGACCGUGUAUACUAUUCCUAUAUCGACUAAAUGGCACCAAAAGCAAUCUAAUAAGGUGGUUCCAACGAAUGACGAUGAGCCUUCGUCCAAGCCCCACGAUCAUGUUCUGAAUCACUUUACAGUAUUGAGACCAAAGUUGCAAUUGCCCAACUAUGUGACUAGUUCCAUUUUCCCGCUUCAAAUCAACGUGAUGAAGCAUCUGAGAUCGGAUUCCCUGGACGAGCCUGAGGGUCGCAAGAUGUACAACAAUCCGAUCGAGAACUAUUCAUAUCGAAUCUGGGAGAUUCCUUACUACACUGGCAAGAAACUGGCGCGUAUCAUAGGAGGAGAGUUUUUGGAGGAGAAAGAAUUUCCAUUCUGAA